GGGGGACAGUGUGUGAUGAUGGCUGGGACAUGGCAGAUGCUGGGGUUGUCUGUAAGCAGUUGGGAUGUGGAGCUGCUGUCAGUGCUCCUGGCCUGGCUCAUUUUGGAGCAGGAUCUGGACCAAUUUGGCUGGAUGAUGUUGCCUGUGAUGGAACCGAGUCUGCUCUCUGGCACUGCAGGAAUGAGGGAUGGGGUAAGAGUGACUGCAGUCAUGGAGAGGAUGCUGGAGUGACCUGUUCAGGACACAUUGAGCUCCAGCUGGUUGGGGGGGAUAGUGCCUGCUCAGGACGUGUGGAAGUAAGACGUGGAGACACCUGGGCUACAAUCUGUGAUGCACACUUUGAUCUCAAAGCUGCCAGUGUUAUCUGUAAUGGACUACAGUGUGGAACAGCUGUAUCUAUCCCAGGAGGAGCUCAUUUCAGAGAAGGACAUGGACCAAUCUGGACUGAGGAAUUCCAGUGUGUAGGGAAUGAGUCACACCUCAUGUACUGUCCCAGGAUGUCACAUGGGAAUCAGAUGUGCUCACAUGCAAAUGAUGCCAGCGCCAUAUGCUCACGGCACACACGAUUCCGGCUGGUGAAUGGCAGCACAGCGUGCUCAGGGAGGGUGGAGAUCCUGGUUCUUGGUGCCUGGGGAACCCUCUGUGACUCACACUGGGAUUUACCAGAUGCCAACGUUCUCUGUCAUCAGCUCGACUGCGGAUUCGCUGUAUCAGCCCCAGGAGGAGGGUACUUUGGGAAAGGAACUGGCUCUAUCUGGACAGACACAUUUCACUGUAAAGGAACUGAACCCCAUUUGGGCCAUUGCCCUGUUACUGCCCUGGGGGCCUUUCAGUGCUCUCACGACAAUGAUGCCAGUGUGAUUUGCUCAGGAAAUGAGACUCACCUGGUUCUCUGUGACAACUCCACGUCUGAGACAGCCCAGGCAGGAAUUGCUGCGGACAUCGGUGUUGUUUGUUCAGGGAGCAGGCGGAUCAGACUUGUGAAUGGGGGAGGUCGCUGUGCCGGGAGAGUGGAGAUUUAUUACAAUGGCAGCUGGGGGACAGUCUGUGAUGAUUCCUGGGAUCUAUCAGACUCCAAUGUGGUUUGCAAACAACUGGGAUGUGGACACGCCAUCAAUGCAACUGUCUCUGCUCAUUAUGGGCAAGGAUCCGGGCAGAUCUGGCUGGAUGAUGUGAACUGCUCUGGGAAUGAAUCCGAUCUCUGGUCGUGUCCUUCCAGGGGCUGGGGCCAGCACAACUGCAGACACAAAGAGGACGCCGGAGUUCUCUGCUCAGAAUUCACAGAUCUGAGGCUGGUGAGCGACAGUGACUGUGCUGGGCGGCUGGAGGUUUUCUACAAUGGGACGUGGGGCAGUGUUUGCUCCAAUCAGAUGUCUGGAGUCACCGCAGCAAUUGUCUGCAAACAGCUGAACUGUGGGGAUGGAGGGCAGAUUGCAAGAGACUUUGAAUAUGGAGCAGGUUCUGGUCCCACAUGGCUGGACCACGUUGCAUGCAGUGAGCAGCACAGCUCCCUCUGGCAGUGCCCAUCAGAGCCCUGGUAUCCAAAGUCGUGUGAUAACCGAGCAGAAGAGACCCAUAUUUCUUGCACUGGAAAAAAAGCAAAACCAACUCAGACCCUGUUUGCUGAAUGCCCAAACUCUCCAAGCUGCACAGACCAGGAGAAGUUACGUGUCGUGGGAGGAGAGGACAGAUGCUUGGGGAGAGUAGAAGUUUGGUAUCGUGGCUCCUGGGGAACAGUUUGUGAUGACUUCUGGGACAUGGCGGAUGCUAACGUUGUGUGUAAACAACUGGGCUGUGGAUCUGCUGUAUCUGCCCCGGGCGAGGCUGCAUUUGGCGAGGGGACUGGUCCUAUCUGGGUGGAGAUGUUGAAUUGCAGAGGGACAGAGUCAUCUCUCUGGGACUGUCCUGCCAAGCCCUGGGGUGAGAGCAACUGUGACCAUAAGGAAGAUGCUGCCGUGAAUUGCUCAGGUGCUGAUGAGCUGAGGCUGGCGGAUGGAGGCAGCCCCUGUGCCGGGAGAGUGGAGGUUAAACACCAGGAUCAGUGGGGGACAGUGUGUCAGUUUGGCUGGGACAUGGCAGAUGCUGGAGUUGUCUGUAAGCAGCUGGGAUGUGGAGCUGCUGUCAGUGCCCCAGAUCGGGCUUAUUUUGGAGAAGGAUCUGGACCGACUUGGCUGUAUCGAGUUAAUUGUGGUGGUGACGAGUCAGCUCUCUGGAACUGCAGUCAUUAUGGAUGGGGUGCACGCCAGUGCGCUCAUUCUUAUGACACUGGAGUGAUCUGCUCAGGUUCAGCACUGGUGCAAGGAGCUACCGGGGCCGAGGGUCUCUUUCUGGGCUUGAUUCUGGGUUUCCCACGUAAAACGGACAUUCCGAGACUGGAUACUGGACAUAUUAAGCCCCAGCUGGUUGGAGGAGACAGUGCCUGCUCAGGACGUGUGGAGAUAAUACAUGGAAACACGUCGACCACAGUCUGUGAUGCACACUUUGAUCUCAAAAUUGCCAAUGUUAUCUGUAAUGAACUACAGUGUGGAAUAGCUGUAUCUAUCCCAGAAGAAGGUCAUUUUGGAGAAGGACAAGGCGAGAUCUUGACUGAAGAAUUCCAGUGUGUUGGGAAUGAGUCUCUCCUGUUCUCCUGUCCCAGGAAAUCACAAGUGAAUCAGAGAUGCUCACACACAAAUGAUGCUGGUGUCAGAUGCUCACGGCACACAGGGUUCCGGCUAGUGAACGGCAGCACAAAAUGCUCAGGGAGGGUGGAGAUCCAGGUUCUUGGUGCCUGGGGAACCCUCUGUGACUCACGCUGGGAUUUACCAGAUGCCAACGUUCUCUGCCAUCAGCUCGACUGCGGGUUUGCUGUAUCGACUCCAGGAGAAGCGUAUUUUGGGAAGGGAACUGGAUCUGUCUGGACAGACACAUUUCACUGUAAAGGGACUGAAACCCAUUUGAGCCAUUGCCCUGUUACUGCUCUGGGGGCCUCUCAGUGCUCACAUGACAAUGAUGCCAGUGUGGUUUGCUCAGGUCACUCUGAAUCACUCAGACUGCUGAAUGGAGAGAGCCGGUGCGAUGGAAGAGUUGAGAUUUCCCUCCAUGGUGUGUGGAGCAGAGUGCUGGAUGACCAGUGGGACAUGAAUGAUGCCAGCGUGGUGUGCAGGGAGCUCCGGUGUGGAGUCGCUGAGAAAGCUUAUAACCCCCCUAAGUCUGAGAGAGGAACGGGCCCCAUGGGGCUGAGAAGGGUCCAGUGUGCAGGAAAUGAGACUCGUCUGACUCUCUGUGACAUCUUCACGUCUGAGGCGGUCCGGGCAGGAAUUGCUGAGGACGUCGGUGUCGUUUGCUCAGGAAGCAGGCGGAUCAGACUGGUGAAUGGGGCAGGUCGCUGCGCCGGGAGAGUGGAGAUUUAUUACAAUGGCAGCUGGGGGACAGUCUGUGAUGAUUCCUGGGAUCUGUCAGACUCCAAUGUUGUUUGCAAACAACUGGGAUGUGGACACGCCAUCAAUGCAACUGUCUCUGCUCAUUAUGGGCAAGGAUCCGGGCAGAUCUGGCUGGAUGAUGUGAACUGUUCUGGGAAUGAAUCCGAUCUCUGGUCGUGUCCUUCCAGGGGCUGGGGCCAGCACAACUGCAGACACAAAGAGGACGCGGGAGUUCUCUGCUCAGAAUUCACAGAUCUGAGGCUGGUGAGCGACAGUGAUUGUGCUGGGCGGCUGGAGGUUUUCUACAAUGGGACGUGGGGAAGUGUUUGCUCCAAUCAGCUGUCUGAAGUCACCACAGUAAUUGUCUGCAAACAGCUGAACUGUGGGGACGGAGGGUAUAUUGCAGGAGUCUCAGAAUAUGGAAAGGGUCCCACAUGGCUGGACCACGUUAGAUGCAGUAAGCAGCACAGCUCCCUCUGGCAGUGCCCAUCAGACCAAUGGAAUCCAAAUUCAUGUGACAACCGAGCAGAAGAGACCCAUAUUUCUUGUGUUGGAAAAAGAGCAAAAGCAGCUCGAAACCCGUUCACCGAGUGCCCGAACUCUCCAAGCUGCACAGACCAGCAGAAGUUACGUGUCGUGGGAGGAGAGAACAGAUGCUUGGGCAGAGUGGAGGUUUGGUACCGUGGCUCCUGGGGAACAGUUUGUGAUGACUCCUGGGACAUGGCAGAUGCUAACGUUGUGUGUAAACAACUGGGCUGUGGAACUGCUGUAUCUGCCCCGCGUGAGGCUGCAUUCGGUGAGGGGACUGGUCCCAUCUGGGUAGAGAUGCUGAAUUGCCGAGGGACAGAGUCAUCUCUCUGGGACUGUCCUUCCAAGCCCUGGGGUGAGAGCAACUGUGGUCAUAAGGAAGAUGCUGCCGUGAUUUGCUCAGGUGUGACAGAGAGGACAGAUUCUCCAAAUACCCCAGCUCCCCCACGCCGUACUCCCACUGACAGUGGGAGAGUCACGGUGCCCGUGGUCGUCUGCAUUAUCCUGGGGGCCCUGCUCUGCCUGGUCUUAAUCAUCCUGGGGGCGCAGGUGCGAAGUGCCAGGGCACAGCGCAGAGGUUCCAGAAGACCCCUGGAUCCCUUCUCUGAGGCCGUGUAUGAGGAGAUUGAUUAUAACCUGAUGAGAGAGAAGCAGGAGAUGUUCAGUCGCUCAGUCUCCUAUUCAGAUGACUCAGUGAUGAAGCUGCAGUAUUACACCGGGGACAGUGAG